AUGGCGGCCGGGAAGCGCACCAUCGGCCUCGCGAUGGACUACUCGCCGUCCAGCAAGGCGGCGACGAGGUGGGUGGUCGAGAACCUGGUGAAGGCCGGCGACCGCAUCAUCCUCAUCCACGUCCUACCCAAGGGAGCAGACGCCAGCCACAAGGGCCUCUGGAAGAGCACCGGUUCACCUCUGAUCCCUCUGCUGGAGUUCAUGGAGAUGAACGUGCAGGCGCGGUACGGGGUCAACCCGGACAAGGAGGUGCUGGAGAUCCUGCAGGCUGAGUCCAAGUCCAAGCAGGUGGAAAUACUGGCAAAAAUAUACUGGGGUGAUGCAAGGGAGAAACUUUGUGAGGCAGUAGAUGAUCUCAAGGUCGACUCAGUUGUGCUUGGUUGCAGGGGAUUAGGGCCCUUAAAAAGGGCACUCCUUGGAAGCGUCAGCAACUAUGUUGUCAACAAUGCAACCUGCCCCGUCACAGUGGUGCGCGGACCAAAUGGAUCACUUGCUUGA